CGCAUGUCAUUGCUGACCUAUCACAUUCUUGCCAAAUAAGAUAGCUUAUUCUUCUUUCACUCUUGUAUAUAUCUAGCUAUCUACCGUUUCCGGUUCCCCUUCAUCUUCAGUUCUUUGAUCAUCUUUAUACUCCAAUCCCCAGAUUCCGUUGACGCUAUCAUGAAUCUCAAUGAUCUUAACAAAGUUUGGGAAAUUAAAACCCUUAAGAAAGUUAGGGAAAACGAGGCCAGGGAAAUUCUCGAAAAGGUUGCCAAACAAGUGGAACCUAUUAUGCGCAAGCGGAGAUGGAAAGUUAAUGUCCUUUAUGAAUUUUGCCCUGCGAAUCCUGGUCUGUUGGGGCUGAAUGUAGGUGGAGGUGCUGAAGUUAAAAUCAGAUUGCGGAGUCCACACAAUGAGUUGGAAUUUCUUCCUUACAAUCAAAUUCUUGAUACAAUGCUUCAUGAACUCUGUCACAAUGUACACGGUCCUCACAAUUCCGACUUCUAUAAUCUUCUGGAUGAAAUUAGAAAGGAAUGUGAGCAAGGAUUUGAACUUCCUGGGAGACGAUUGGGUGGUUAUUCUCGACAACCCCCCUUGUCAUCCUUACGCCAGAGCGCCCUGGCUGCUGCGGAAAAUAGAGCCAAGCAUGGAUCCCUGUUGCCAUCUGGGCCAAGGCGUAUUGGCGGUGAUAGCAAUAUUAGGGCGGUACUUAGCCCAAUUCAGGCUGCCGCUAUGGCUGCUGAAAGGAGAAUGCAUGAUGACUUGUGGUGUGCAUCAAAGUCUUCAGAGAGUGAUGGGGUUCCUGAAACCAUUGAACCUCCUAUCGAAGUAAAAGAGAAAUCUACUGAAACAUCAGUCGCACCAACAAGUAGUCAAACAAAUAGUCAGGAAAGUAAAGAUGCAGCACCAAUGUGGCAGUGUGGUGUAUGUACUUUGUCAAAUCAGUCACUAGCUCUGUUAUGUGAAGCUUGCGGAACUGCAAAGCAUGAAAGCCGUGCGACGAAGAAACAAAAUCUUUGGUCUUGCAAGUUUUGUACCUUAAAUAACAGUACUCAAGUUGAAAAAUGUCUUGCAUGCGGAGAGUGGAGAUAUUCACAUGGCGCACCUGCAUUUACUCCUGGACCUUAUGUUGGUACUUAAAUCAUCAAGUCCAGAAGACUGGAAGAGGCUUCUGCCUGCAUUAUUUAUGGUCACCACUCAAUGCUCACUUUCUUUGUAUUUACAUUCUCUUGAAACAAAUAUGGAAAUAACUUAUUAAGGUUAUGGAAAUAACUUAUUAAGGUAAUUGAAAUAAUUUAUCAUAUAGAUAUC